AUGUCAAGCGGAGCACCAGCUGGACCCCCAUCAACUCUGUCCAUCAUCAUUCCGAAGGUAGAAGCAGUGGUGGAGGCAGUACAGGAGGUAGAAGCAGUAGUGGAGGCAGUACAGGAGGUAGAAGCAGUGGUGGAGGCAGUACAGGAGGUAGAAGCAGUGGUGGAGGCAGUACAGGAGGUAGAAGCAGUGGUGGAGGCAGUACAGGAGGUAGAAGCAGUGGUGGAGGCAGUACAGGAGGUAGAAGCAGUGGUGGAGGCAGUACAGGAGGUAGAAGCAGUGGUGGAGGCAGUACAGGAGGUAGAAGCAGUGGUGGAGGCAGUACAGGAGGUAGAAGCAGUGGUGGAGGCAGUACAGGAGGUAGAAGCAGUGGUGGAGGCAGUACAGGAGGUAGAAGCAGUGGUGGAGGCAGUACAGGAGGUAGAAGCACUGGUGGAGGCAGUACAGGAGGUAGAAGCAGUGGUGGAGGCAGUACAGGAGGUAGAAGCAGUAAUGGAGGCAGUACAGGAGGUAGAAGCAGUAAUGGAGGCAGUACAGGAGGUAGAAGCAGUAAUGGAGGCAGUACAGGAGGUAGAAGCAGUAAUGGAGGCAGUACAGGAGGUAGAAGCAGUGGUGGAGGCAAUAAAUGUAUGA